AUGAUUUCUCGUACUUCGACAUUUAGAUCGCUAGUGCUUUCUACUCAUAAAUAUUUAUCAGCAUCUUCAUCUGCAAAAUUUAGCACCAUUUCGCCUUUGUCAUCAUCAUCAUCAUCAGAUGGUUCAAAUACGUUUCGUAGUUUGUCGCAUGAGGACAAAUUAGAAGUGUUGUCUGCAGUUAAAUCAUUAAAGGAGUACAAGAGAAACUCCGAGUCCGUUAAUGAGAGGAGAAAAAAGCUAUUUAAACUACUCGACUCUAAGCAACAAAACUUUGCCAAGGAUGUUGGCUAUGUCAAAAAGUUGAACAAAAUCGACUCUGCAAUUGUUGAAAACUAUAAGCUUCUUGAUCACGUAGCUGACCACGCUAUAGCUAAAUACGGCAUUACGCAAUCUGAUUUUGCAUUGCUUGACCAGUCCACCAAAAAGAGUACUUCAAGUGGUUCCAAUUAUCGUGUCAUCGAGGCAUUGGCACAUUAUCAACGUGACUGGCCACCUGGUCAUGUUAGCUUGGAACUCUUGCCCAUUUUUGAAUACAUUGCAUCACAAUUGGAAUUGCUUAUCAUACCAGAAGAGAAAAAAGAUACCGUUUUGGUGUUCCCUGGAAGUGGCUUGGGAAGAUUGGCUUAUGAGUUUAGCAAAGGCGGGUAUGGUGCGGUAUAUGCCAUCGAAAACUCCGGCUUGAUGAAUGCAUUGGUUGACUAUAAUUUUGUUGCAGGAAAGCACAAGCAGGCAGAUACAUACACUGUUUAUCCCUAUAUCCAUACAAAUUCAGAUUUCUAUACCACCGAAUCGCAGUUUAGAACUUUUAAAUAUUCGCCUGUUGGUGAGGAAAAGAAACCCGAGGCUUUGCACAAUGUUAAUCAAAAUUUCCUUGAGUUUGAAAUACCUGAUAGAGAUAAAUACAAGAAUGUUGUUAUUGUGUCUGUGUUUUUUUUGGAUACUGCAGAGAAUUUGUUUGCAUACUUGGACAAAAUAGAGAAAUUGACAAAACCUGAAAAUGGAAAAAAACAUAGUUCAGGAGUACAACGCGGGUACUGGAUAAAUGCAGGACCAUUGAAAUAUGGUUCUGCGGCACAAGUAGAGUUGAAUGCUGAUGAAUUGGCCGAUGUGCGUGAUAAACUUGGGUGGGUGACUGCCAGCUCUGUUUACUCUGUAUUUGACCCAUUAUCAUUGGGCAACAAAACUGGCGUUGUGGGUUACUUGACCGAUAAAGAGAGUAUGUGGCAAGGGUAUUACGGCCUAAACUUGUUUACAAGCUCUAGAAAGGAAAAUAAAUCAUAUAGAGAUAACGAGUUAUAA